AUGCCUCAACGUACUCGUUCAUCCAAAAUUGCUGUAGCAUCACCAAUUUCUCCAUCCAAAUCAAAGAAAAAAACUAUCACAAUUUCAAAUAAAACAUCAAUAAAAAAAUCUUCUCCAACAAAACGUCAUCUCGAACAAAAUUCAUCAAUAUUAACCCAACCAAGACAAAAACGUCUUUCAAGUUUAACAGCAGCAGCACUUGUUCAUUAUUGUACAAGUAUUCUUUCGCCAUCAAGAAAAUUAAAUCAUUCAACCAAAUCUCUUCCUAAAAAUACAAAAUCACCACAGCGUAAACGUCAAAUCUCAAAUGUUUCAUCUAGAUCUGAUAUAAAACAUGCUCAAAUAGAGUCAAAUACUCGUGUUCGUCGUGAAGCAAGUUCACGUGCAUCAGCAAUGAUUAUGCAACAAAAUGAAAUUGAACGUAGUCGGUAUACUUAUUCGUUCACUAAUAAAACUUCAACAACAGUUAUUCGACCAAAUCGUGCUAAAAGUACAGUUAUAAAUAAAAGUGAUAUUCCACAAGAACAACCCUCUAUUGAACCUAUUAAACCCAACAUACCAUCUAUAACAACUUUACCAAAUCAAAUUGAAUAUGCUCGAUCAUCAAAUACUACAACAACAACAACAAUGUUGAGUAAUUCAAAAUAUUCAAUAUUAACAGAAGCUAGUUUAGCGGAACAUAAUCGUUUAAAUGCAACUCUACCAUCAUAUCAUACAGAAAAACAUGAUAAUUUUAUUAAAUGGACACAAGAAUUAGCUUUAUGUGGUCGUUUAUCAUCACAUGAAAAUUCUUCAGAACCAAUCGAUCAUACAACAGAUAAUGAAUCUUCAGGUCUAGCAUCACAUUCAAAUAUUGAAGAGAUACCAACGCCAUCCAUUGUAUCUAAUGAAUUAUCACAUUCAAUAAAAAAUAAUAUUACAACACCUGCUUUUCUUUUCCCAUCAACUGCAUAUCCUCUUGAUAUACAUUCAUUUUAUCCUCUUUUACCUUGUUGGCAAUAUCCCGCUUGGUCAUAUCAAUCAUCAACAUCACUCAUUCAACCAUUAUCAAAUAAAACAUCUUUGAUACAUUCAAAAGGUAAAAUAAAAAAAGCGAUAACAUUCAAUACAAAACAAAAGGCAAUUGUUCCAAUUGAUAAAGACAAAGAAGCUUUAACAUUACAUUUACAUACACAUCAUCAUCAUCAUAUACAUAAUUCAACAUCGUCACUUAAUUCUUCGAAUCGAAGGAAAACAAAAGCAGUGCUGUCAUCACCACAAAAAACUAAAGAUCAAUUUCUAGAAACAACAACUAUUAUACCAGUCAGUGUGAAUAAUGUUGUUCAACGAGAAGAUGAAGAAAUUCCACUGACAACAGAAUAUCAAAUAUUAAAUCUUUCAAUAAAUAAUAAAACAAAUUUAAAUCAACAAAAUGAAACAAUAAAAAAAACGACGCGAAGAAAAUCUUCUCCAGUAAAAAGACGGAUAAGCAGUGGAGCUAAAUCCAAUAGUUCAUCUAUAGCGUCAAUUAAUAAUAAAACUUCACCAAAAAAAAAAGUCAAUACUAACCCAAUAACAAUUAAUUCACCGCUGCCGAAUAUUCUAAAUUCAAACGAUAAUUUGCCUGUGGCCGACCAGAAAUCUUCUCGACGGUCACCUAAACGUCGUAGUACUUCAGCCGCUACGGCUAAUUCAACAGCAAUUGUUUCAAUAACGGGUAAAAGUUCGCGUGGAAAACGUACAAAUUCAGCAUCAUCUAUUCCAAUACGUUCGAAAACAUCGAUAAAUAAAAAACGAUCUCAUUCACCAGCUUCAAUCACAGCAUCGUUACCAAAUAAAAGAAAAAAAGAAAAAGUUUUAAACUAUUGGAUUUUAUCUGGAAAAUCAGAACAACAACUUGUUUCAAUUCAUGCUGACAAACCACCUGUAUUUCGCGAAUGCUAUUCAUCGAUUCAACAUGUAACAGAAAAAGAUAUUAUUAAAUCGAAUGAUUGUGUAAUAUUACGAUCUGAAACCGGUACGCAUAAGGAUGUAACACCAUAUUUAGCUAAAGUCAAAUGGUUUUGGCUAGAACCACUAUCAGAUGAGAUUCAAAUGUCAAUUAUCUGGUAUUAUCAUCCUGAACAUGCAGAAUUACCAUUACGUGUUAAAGAACGUUUUUUACGAAAUGAACUUUUAGCUUCGAAAUAUUGGGAUUGUGUUAAUGUAGCAUGUAUUGAAGACAAAUGUUAUGUAUUAAAUCUAAAUGAAUAUAAUCGAUAUUGUUUACGUGAAAAAUCAACGAAUCUCUUUGAACAUUCUGAACCAAUUGGUCAAUUGAAAUCAUUAUUAAAUAAAAAUACUUCAUCUAUUCAUGAUCGUCCACUACCAGCUAAAACUGUCGGUAAUCAAAAUAUAUUUUUUUGUCGUUAUGUAUAUGAUUAUCGAGUUAAACGUAUUUUAAAAAAUCCAAGUUUAACAAAUCCAAUAAUAACAACAACAGCAAAUUCUAUCACUACAGCACCUAAUAAUAUGUGA